GUUUGCCGCGCCUACACUUCAGCGCGCUUCCUUGAUGCGUCCCACCUCUCAGUGCUUGUCACUUGUUGCAAGUUCACCCUGGACGAGGCCUCUGCGUCCGAUCUGUCACAUCUUGCAACCGCAGCGAUGAAAAGCGGGGCGGAUGGCACGGAAGGGCUGAUCAAAGAG